AACUUUGUUCGCUUCAGCAGCACAACACAGACCAAUAAACAAAAAAUCCUUAAACAUGUUCAAAUUGGUGGUGUUGUCUGCUCUCCUUGCCGUAGCUGUCGCUCGUCCCGGUCAUCUUUAUGAGUCUCCUUUGGUCUAUUCCGCUCCAGCUGCCACGACCAUUGUCCAGGAGAACGUCUUGGCCAAAGUGGGUUCAGUGGUGAGCAGCAUUCCCACUUCGGUGUCCCACCAGAGUCAGUCGGUGGUGCACAGCCACUCCCAUGUGGUGGAGGACAUCGUGGCCCCGGUGGUGAAGUCCACUCCGGUGGUCAGCUAUGCCGCUGCUGCUCCGGUGGUGCACACCUCCUACGCCGCUGCUCCCGUUGUCCACACCUCCUAUGCCGCUGCUGCCCCAGUGGUGCACACUUCCUAUGCCGCUGCCUCUCCUGUCGUCUACCAUUCCAGCUGGUAAUCGGCAGAACUGGACUCAUGGGGGCUCAUUCGAGCGAUCUGGAUGGUUAGAAAAUAGCGAUUCCUAUUGUAUAUAUACGAGAUAAAUUGCGAGUAAAAUGUGAAUG